GCACAUCCGGGUGGCGAUGGGGUAACCGCUUGAUAUAAAUCUGAGCAAUUCAUCCAGGAGAUUUCGCUGCUGGCCAACGUACCAACUUCACAGCCUCUUUUCCACACGUCAAAGCAGCUCCUACCGUUCCAAGGUUAAUUGCAACUCUAUCAAGGAUCAAGAUGUUCUUUCGAAACGCUUUAGCUUUCACAGUCUCAGCGACAAGCCUUGUCGCUGCUGCCGUCCUGGGCUCUAGCCACACAGUGACCAGUAGAUCAGACGGGACAGUUGCUGGCGCAGAAGAUGGCACGUCUUACUACUUCAACUCGACAGGAACGUCUGCCCAAUGUGCCCAGCUUUCCGUAGCUGAUCUCGAGUCCAGCCUGGCGCAAUUCGAUUCGCUCUUCCCGCCACAAUACAACGCUGGCCCGUAUUAUGAUGGCCAGACGACCUGGGGAGUCGGUGCCCUCUACCUCAGCACGGCCUCAGGCACCAAAGCCUUCUAUAUCUCAUACGAAACGGUGACGCCGAACACGACUGCAACCUGGGUGGACGCCGGCGCUGACAUCUCGAAUGUCUGGCUCGCCGUGCGGAAGGAUAUCGCAGAAGAGUGGUCUCAGGGUUCGACCUUCCAAUGGGGUUGGUACAGCGUGAAUAAGAUCGUGGAUGGAGUCAGCAACUAUGCGGGGCAGUUCACUAUCCAGAUCCAGACGCCAACAUUUGUCAAGGGCUGUGAUACCUCAUGUGGAGGUAGUUGCAAUCCUAACAUUUGUACUUGCUAACUGUGAGAAUUCCCGCGUCACCGUGGCAGCUGAAUACCUACAUUAGACGUAUCGGACGUAAUACGGCCAAAAUAUAAUUUUAGGAUCCUCACCUCGUCACUCAGCUUCCGAUAUCAGCUACUUCAAUCAGCCUGAAAGCUGAGCUGUCAGCAGUAGUCAGAAAUAUUUCUUGACCGCAUCAAAAUGCUGGAUGAAUAGCAACGGUAGUGCAGAAUGUGGCCAAAGCCGUCCUCUUCCUUUCGAGUCUCAUCACGGCCGCAUCAGCGCUUUCAAGCCCUGACUUGGAACAGGUGCUACCUUAUCCGACCGCACGAACCUGUGCUUUUCUGUUGUGGUUUUGCGAACAGGAACAGCGUUGCAACGCCGACCAGAUGUUGUCAUGUCACCUCAUAUGAUUGCGGAGUUAUGGAAUGUAGCCGUAGUUUACAAAAGUCUUCAGCAGCUUUGCCUCAGCAGAUCUAGUCGGGGAUGUUAUUGGAUUGAACUUGUGCAGCUUUUAGCUGGCGAAAGAAAGGACCGAGCUACAGUAAGGGACUGUGUGUUGUAUUUUCGACCGAGUAAAAUUGAGCAGUAUGUUCAAGAGUGGAUAUUACAGCAUUUGCUGCAACCAUUCGUGUUCGAAGCCGGAUGGCAGGGAAUAGGCACGGGCCUGAAUGCUAGGUACCUGCAUUGGUAUGAAUCCGUACCUACCAGCCUGCCUCCCGAGGUCAGUAGAUAGUAUCGUAAAGAACACAGUUCAUGAAGACGAGGAAAAGCAAAUUCUGUUCUA